CUCUGUCCCUCUCCGUCCUUCCCUCCCACUCCGUGCCGAGGAGGAGCGAACAGGUAUACCAGAAUUGGAGUCGCGUGGAGACAACCCUAACCUGACAUCAGUUUAUGACAUUGCAUGAAGGAGCAAAACGGGAAGUCACCGAGAGGCCGACAUGAUAACUCACAUUAUGCAGAGGACUAUGUAUCAUAAAGAGGACGUUGAAACAAAAUUUCAAGAUGGUGCGGUCUGUCAGAGAAGAGGGUAGUCAGCUGAGCACCAUACAAGACCUGAAGGACUCUGGCUUCGGCCGYCCUCCUCCCCGACACGGCCUCAAACUCCUUUUCUGGUUCGCCAACGAGUGUGUGGCGUUCAAUCACCACGGCAACAUGCUGGUACAGUGCCACCCUGAGAUGGAAGAGUUCGGCUUCCACUACUUUGGCAACUUCGAGGAGAUUCUCCCAGUUCUAUCGCGAGACCACAGGGAAAGCUACUUCGAGGUGGGCAACCUGAACACAGAGACCUAUUCCAAAGCCAAGGACCUACCGGACUACGUGAGCCAGGACUACGGGCUUUCCCUGGGCUACCGCCAAUGCAACAAGGACCGCAUCAUCAUCAGGCUGAAGCAGGGGGACGUGACGGCCACCUAUGUCACCGAGCACAAGGAGGAUGGCGGCCGGGGGGAGUUUGACUCCGAACGCACCCACCUUGUAAAUCCGGAUUUGAUCCGCAUCAUCCAGGACCCUGAGCUGGAGCUAGCGACAUUCCUGGACCAGACGGGCUACAUGGGGCUGUCGCUGAGAGAGCGCCUCCUCAGAGCUUUCA